AUGGAACGUUUUUGGACCUGCGAGGAAGUGGGAUUUUCCAACAACUACUAUCCAGAGGAAGCACGCUGCGAGGAGCAGUAUGCACGCACAGUUCAAAGGGAAGCAGGCGGUCGUUACAUUGUGACACUUCCCAAGGAUGAGGAUAUUCUAUCACAACUCGGGGAAUCUAAGGACAUUGCGUUUAGACGUCUGCAAGGACUGGAACGCAGGCUCUCAAGGGACGAGAACCUAUCGAAACAGUACAAGGCCUGCAUGACGGAAUAUUUGAAACUAGGUCACAUGCGGAAGGUGGAGGAUGAUGCUCUGAACGGGAGUAAGCGGUGCUACUUACCACAUCAUCCAGUUGUGAAGGAGGCCAGCACAACUACAAAGGUGAGGGUUGUCAUCGACGCCUCGUGCAAAACUUCGAGAGGGAUCUCCCUCAACAAUACACUACUGGUCGGGCCAGUCAUCCAGCAAGAUCUCCGUACAAUAGUUCUCUGCAGUCGUACCCGUCAGGUGAUGCUGGUAGCGGAUGCGGAAAAAAUGUAUCAGCAGAUUAAUAUGAACCCAACGGAUAUUCCACCGCAAAGUACUUUAUGGCGGUUCGAGACAGACGAAGAAGUUGAAACGUACGAGCUUACGACGGUGACGUAUGGAACGAAACCGGCACCCUUUUUGGCAACUCGUACGAUCAAGCAACUAGCUGUAGACGAGCGGAAAAGGUACCCCCUUGCAGUAAAGGCUGUAGAUGAGGAUAUCUACAUGAAUGAUGUUAUCUCUGGCGCAGAUGACAUUGAAACAGCAGUGGAACUACAAAAACAAUUAAACGCCAUGAUGGCAAGUGGCGGGUUCAAGCUAAGGAAAUGGGCGUCUAAUUGCUCAGCAGCUUUGGAUGGCAUACCGCGAGACAAUCUAGCGCUUCCGACCACGGAGGAAGUUAAUUAG